AUGGUUUUUGUAAAGACGUAUAAUUUGCGAUUUUCGUUGAGACGGUUCUCGCAGUGCGCCGAGAAAGUUGAACAAUGCAUAGCUAUUCGACGUGAAUCCAUAAAUGUUUGGGAAAGGCGAGCACCACUCGCUCCAUUACAUGUCAAAGAAUUAACCAAACAAGGCGUGAAGGUUUUGAUUCAGCCAUCGAAUCGACGUGCCUUUGCGAUUCAGGAAUAUGUUGCAGCCGGCGCAGUUGUCCAAGAAGAUAUAACUGAGGCUCAACUUAUUAUUGCUGUCAAGCAAAUACCCUUAGAUGAAUUAAUUCCCAAGAAAACUUACGCUUUUUUUUCGCAUACCAUUAAGGGUCAAGAAGACAAUAUGCCAAUGCUCGAUGCAAUUCUUCGAAAGAUACGCUUGGUUGAUUAUGAACGAAUCAUCGAUUCAAAGGGUGAAAGGUUAGUUAUGUUUGGUAAGUGGGCUGGAUAUGCUGGAUUCAUCAAUAUUCUUCAUGGAGUCGGAUUACGACUAUUAUCACUCGGGCACCACACUCCUUUUAUCCAUAUAGGCCUGGCACAUAAUUACAGCAAAAGUUAUAUGGCUAUUAAAGCAAUUCGAGAAGCAGGUUAUGAAAUUGCCUUAAAUAAAUUACCUCGAUCAUUAGGCCCAUUAAUUUUCAUCUUUACGGGAAGAGGAAAUGUGUCACAAGGUGCUCAAGAAUUGUUUCACCACCUCCCAUAUGAAUAUGUCGAAUGUAAAAAUCUUCCUGAAAUUGCUGCCAAAGGGCAGAUGAAUAAACUUUAUGGUUGUGUGGUUGGUCCAGAGGAUCAUCUCAUUGCUCCAUAUGCAUCAGUUAUAAUAAAUGGAAUUUACUGGAUCCCUGGUAGUCCUCGAUUAAUCACUGUAUCGGAUGCUAAAAAACUUCUUCAGUUGAUUGCAAUCAGCGAUAUUUCAGCUGAUCUAAAUGGAUCAAUUGAAUUCAUGAAAACUUGUACGAGCAUUGAUAAACCAUUUACAUUGUACGAUGCUGAUUCGAACGAAUGUUCUGACAGAUUGGAUGCAAAAUCUGGAUGCAUUAUAUGCAACAUUGACAAUAUGCCAGCACAGUUACCAUCCGAAGCCACUGAACAGUUUGGAGAACUUCUCUACCCAUAUGUCAUUGAUUUAUUAAAUUGUUCGACAGAUCGGCCGUUGGAUGAACUCGAAUGUGCUGAUGAAAUUAAACGAGCCAUUAUAACGGAUAACGGUGCGUUAGCUCCGCGCUAUGAAUAUAUCACACGUUUACGUUUACGAAGAACAAAUUUCAGAAGGCCAGUUACUACGGUAUUUCCUGAAAUGGUUAAGCGAGUUUUACUUCUUGGUGCUGGAAUGGUUUCCGAUCCAGUUGCUAAUUAUUAUUCGAUGAAACAAAAGGAUAUUAGGCUCACAGUUGCCACUCUACUUGAUAAAGAUGCACAGCGUCUUUGUAAAUAUGGAGCGAACAUUGAAUCAGUUAUAGUAGACGUUCUAAGAGAACGAGAAAGAUUUGAAUUUCUCAUCAAAGACUAUGAUUUAUGUAUUUCGCUUUUGCCAUACACACUGCAUCCAGUAGUAGCCGAAUUAUGCAUAAAGUAUGGAGUGAAUAUGAUAACGAGUAGUUAUAUAAGUCCUGAAAUGAUGGCACUCGAUAGCCAUGCUAAACUGUCCGAUGUCAUCAUUAUGAAUGAAGCAGGUUUAGACCCCGGAAUUGAUCAUAUGCUAGCUAUGGAAUGCAUCGACGAAAUCCAUCAACGAGGCGGCAAAAUCAAAUCUUUCGUAAGUUUUUGUGGUGGUUUGCCAGCUCCAGAAUUUUCCGACAAUCCCUUACGCUAUAAAUUCAGUUGGAGUCCAAAAGGAAUGUUCUUAGCACUGAUGAAUCGAGCACGAUAUUUAAAAGAUGGCCAAGUCGUUGAAAUUGAUGGAGACUGUGGUGUAUUGGAUAGCUUAUAUCCGAUAAAUUUUAUGCCUGGAUUUAAUUUCAUUGGUUAUCCAAAUCGUGAUUCUUUGCAGUAUGCAGAUGUUUAUGGUAUUGCUGAAGAAUGCAAAACUCUAAUUCGUGGAACUCUUCGUUAUAAAGGUUUUGUGGAAGCUGUAAAAGCUUUGAAAGCAGUUGGUUUGCUCAGUACACAAACAAACAAAAUAUUCAGUGAAGAAUUUGGCCUUGCUUGGAAUAUGAUACUUCAAAGACUGGGAAAAAAUAAUUCACAUCUAGUUGAAAUCUUACUGAAAUUGGGUUUGCUCUCAGACACAUUUGUACAGGGACACGGUACGGCGAUUGAUACUUUGGUUCCAUAUUUAGCCAAAGAAUUCUCUUAUAAACAAAAUGAAAGAGAUUUAGUUAUAUUGAAUCAUGAUAUCCACGCACAAUUUCCUGGAGGGAUAAAUGUAAGCAAGCGACAUGAAAUCAAUCUUGUCGCAUAUGGUGAACCAAAUGGUCUCUCAGCAAUGGCAAGAACCGUUGGCUAUACUUGUGCAAUCGUUUCUGAUAUAAUUCUUAAUGAUGGUAUUAAAGAAACGGGAGUAAUUCGACCAAUUACAAAAGAGAUUUAUAAACCCGUGCUAAAUAUUAUCAAAAAAUUUGGUGUCGAAAUCACCGGUGCACACGCCUGA